ACCCCACCAAAGCAGUCGAGCUUCAUGAAAGGGAUACAAGUGCAACGUUGGAACGGGAGACAAUCACUCAACGACUGUGUGGUUUUACGCAUGCGUUCUACGUCAAGGAACUUGCGGGGCAACGGGGACAUGGACAAGAUUCCAUUGAAAGAGGUCCCAGAGACAGUGGUUGACAAAGAUCGUGGAAUAACGUACAUCAGAGGCAAAUUCCUUGGCAAGGGAGGUUUUGCGCGAUGUUAUGAGCUUAGGAACUCGACUACAAAUGAAAUCUUCGCUGGUAAAAUUGUUUCAAAAACACUGCUGAUAAAGCCAUACCAACGCGAAAAGAUGUCCCAGGAAGUGCAAAUCCAUCGAAGCUUGAGUCAUCCACAUGUCGUACAACUGUACAGUUUCUUUGAAGAUGCUGACAAUGUUUACAUCACCUUGGAAUUGUGCGCACGCCGUUCUCUGAUGGAGCUUCAUAAAAGGAGAAGAGCUGUUACCGAACCGGAAGCUCGUUACUUCACCCAUCAGGUGUGUUUGGCUGUCGACUAUCUGCACGAUAAAAAAGUGAUUCACCGUGAUCUCAAAUUGGGCAACUUGUUCCUCAACGGGGAACUCCAGGUUAAAAUUGGAGACUUCGGCCUGGCAACUACUGUAGAUAAUGAAGGAGAACGAAAGAAGACUCUCUGUGGUACUCCUAAUUAUAUUGCACCUGAGGUGCUCGACAAGAAAGGACAUUCAUUCGAAGUCGAUAUAUGGGCUAUAGGUUGCAUACUAUACACGUUGCUCUUUGGGCGCCCACCUUUUGAGACGAAAUCUCUUAAGGAGACCUACAGUCGCAUCAAAUUGAAUCAGUAUCGAGUUCCUUCUACCGCCUCCCCUACUGCUGCUCAUCUCAUCCAGAACCUACUUGCUGCUGAUCCCGCAAAGCGUCCCACAGUGAAACAGGUAUUGGCUCAUGAGUUCUUCCGUUCUGGUUUCAUGCCCACGAGGCUUCCGAUAUCCUGCCUUACGAUGGCUCCUAAAUUCACUCGUCAUAGCGAGGUGGGUAUCCCAGCUUCAGUUGAUCGUCGUGCAGUUCCUGCCGGUGUGCUUAGCCCCAAGCAGUUGGUCAAGCAAGAUCUUAUGGGCACGCAUCCACGCGCCCUCAAUGCAGUGCCAGAAAACAAAGCUAUAGAUGGCGAACGUGUUGACAGAGGUGUUGCAUGUGUGAAGGUCCCAGAAGAUGUGUAUCUCUCCGAGCUUUACGAGCAGAUUACUUCGCUUGUUUCCGCACGAGUUCCAGAGCGGCAACUGCGGGUGGAAGAUGAAGCUCCGGAAGCCAUGCCCAUCUUUUGGAUUAGUAAAUGGGUCGAUUACUCCGACAAGUACGGGAUUGGUUACCAACUUUGUGACAACUCGGUUGGAGUGCUGUUCAACGAUAGUUCCAAACUUGUUUUGGAUGAGGCUGGUAAUGAGCUGACCUACAUCGAGAAAAAUGAUAAGGAGAAUUAUUAUGCCAUUGACUGCUUUCCGGACUCUCUCGCUAAGAAGGUUACUUUGCUAAAAUAUUUCCGAACGUACAUGAAUGAACAUCUUAUCAAAGCGGGAGCCCAUGUAGUGAAAAAGGAUGGAGAUGAUUUGGCUCGUUUACCGGUGCUUCGUUAUUGGUUCCGCACUCGAUCUGCCAUAGUUUUGCAUUUGUCUAAUGGAACCUUACAAAUCAACUUCUUUGAGGACCACACUAAAGCAAUAGUCUGUCCUCUGAUGGGUGCUAUCACAUACAUCGAUGAGCAAAGGAACUUCCGAGUGUAUAAACUGUCGCACCUUGAAAAGUACGGAUGUACCACAGCACUGAUGAGCCGAUUGCGAUAUGUUAAAACUAUGGUGGAACGACUGAUGACCUCAAACAACUCUCGACCCGGAGCUAUAAGCACUGUGCGGACACGAUCAUCAUCAGCAAGUGGUGGUUCGCAGAGUGCUCGACCUCAACUACGUCUAUGAGAAAAUUUCUGAACUGAAUGUAUCAACUACUAGCAUAUGACUGUAAAUUUUUCUUUCGUAAGCCUGUGCAUUUUUUAGGCAGACAUUUCUGAUGACAUGAGUUAUAUCCUCGAAAUUCAUUGUUUGCAUUGCGUCUAAUCUCAUUUCUUCCAAAUCUUUUUAGUUGGUUGGAACUCUGCUCAUAUCUGUGCUGAUAUUCAUCUUGACUAAUCUCUUAUGUUUACCUUAAAACGUGGUGGUAAAUCCAACGAACUUUCUGAAUGCAUAUCACUUGGUUCAUGCUCUGUUCAAUAUGUC